CUCGCAACGUCACUGCGCGGGGCCACAGGAAGAAAACAACCACCAACCAGGAACAUGGAUGAAUAAUAUCAGAAACCGUUCAGUGAUCAAUAAUCAGUAUUUUAAUGAUCAGAAGUUCAAUCUCGGGGUUCCUGUUUGUCUGUGGUUCAGUCUGGCGGAAGAAUACAUGGAUUCUAACGGGAAAGCAAGGCUGACGACACAAACGGCUGCUCCGUGACUCUAACCGCUAAAGCGGAUUCUGUUAUUUUCUACUGUCGGUUUUAUUAACCCCCUUCACCAUGAGCUCCAGGGUGUGCCGGACCUGUGGGGGGGCAGAUAUAGACGUGGAUCAGGCUCGGGGCAGUGCGGUGUGUACUGGCUGUGGUUCAGUUCUGGAGGACAACAUCAUCGUUUCUGAGGUUCAGUUUGUGGAGGGAAGUGGAGGAGUUUCAUCUGCUGUGGGACAGUUCGUCUCUGCUGAUGGCCCAGUUAAAGCUCCUCUACUUGGUUCUGGUUUCCACACUAGUGUUGGUAAAGAGUCCAGAGCCCAGACCCUGCAAAGUGGUAAGCGUCAGAUACAGCAGCUGGGCAGUCAGCUACAGCUGAACCAGCACUGUUUGGACACAGCCUUUAACUUCUUCAAGAUGGUCGUCAGUAAACAUUUGACCCGAGGACGUAAGACGGAGCACGUCAUCGCCGCCUGUCUCUACCUGGUGUGCCGCACCGAGGGGACGCCGCACAUGCUGCUGGACCUGAGUGACCUGCUGCAGGUUAACGUUUACAUCCUGGGAAAGACGUUCCUGCUGUUGGCUCGUGAGCUCUGCAUCAACGCUCCUGCCAUUGACCCCUGUCUCUACAUCCCUCGGUUUGCUCACAUGUUGGAGUUCGGGGUGAAGACUCAUGAGGUUUCUAUGACAGCUCUUCGUCUGGUUCAGAGGAUGAAGAGGGACUGGAUGCACACUGGACGUCGACCGUCCGGCCUCUGUGGAGCAGCUCUCCUGGUAGCAGCUCGGAUGCAUAAGUUUCGUCGUACAGUCAAGGAUGUGAUCAGUGUGGUGAAAGUCUGUCAGACCACUCUGAGGAAGAGGUUAACAGAGUUUGAGGACACACCCACCAGUCAGCUGACCAUCGAUGAGUUCAUGAGAGUGGACCUGGAGCAGGAAUGUGAUCCGCCAUCCUUCACCGCCGCUCAGCACAAGGCCAAGAUGCAGCAGCUGGAACAGGAACUGACCAAGAAGCUGGACGAGGUCGAAGGAGAGAUCAGCUGCUACAAAGACGAGAUUGAGACGGAGCUGGAGAAGAGCCGACCUAAACUGAGAGGAAUCUAUGCCGCCUACGCCAAAGAAAUUGACCCCGAGGACGCGGAGACUUUGUCCUCCACCUCUGAACCGGAAGAGUUGGAGGUUGAAGACGCAGAGCUCCAAGCUGCCACCCAGCACCUGACCCAGGACUUCCUGUGUCAGGUGAUCCAAGAGGAGGAGGAGGGGCGGGAAAAGAGGACAGGUGAUGGCAAGCAAGAGUCGAGGCCAGACAAAGGGGGGGCGGGGCCUCAGCGUCAGGUCCCACCUCUGGCCGUCAUUCUGGGGAAGCUGCCAAACACCUCCAGCCUGGACCUCCAACAGACCUUCCAGACUUUCAACAAGUCAGAGACUGACCAGACACCUGACAAUGAUCAGUCGGACAGUGGAGAGCUGGACCUGGACGGUAUUGAUGAUCAGGAGAUUGAUAAGUACAUCCUGAAUGAUAAGGAGGUGCAGGUGAAGACGGAGCUGUGGAUGAAACAGAACGAAGAGUACCUGAAAGAGCAGAGAGAAAAGGAAGAGAGGAUACAGAAAGAGAAAGAACAGGGGGUGUAUAGAGAGAAGAAGAAGAAGAAGUGUAAGAAGAAGGAGCAGAUCGAGGCACUGACGGCCAGCGAGGCAAUCGAAAAGAUGCUGGAGAAGAAAAAGAUCUCCAGUAAAAUCAACUACGACGUCCUCAGAGACCUGAACAGCAGAGGGGUGGGGAGCGGAGGAGGCAGCAGUCCCAGCAGAGCCUCCUCCGACCCCCCCGACCCCAACAACACCAGCACACGGAAACGACUCAACCGCCGCCGCCGCAGGAAGACCAGCGAAGCUAACCAAGACCUUGCGGCUAACGCUAGCAUCAUGGGGAAGAGGUUCCGUCGCCUUAUUUCCUCCACAACAACAAAGAAGAAGAAAAUUGCCUCUCAGGUAAUAAACUCCGUCACCAUGACAACACAAACGUUAUCAGAGGCCACGGCUGAGCCCCCUCCUGACCCUGAACCAGACAACAGCUCCGCCCCACCAGCUGCCCCUACCACUGUGGAGGAGGAGGAGGAGGAGGAGGAGGAGGAGGAAGAGGAGGUGGAGGUGGAGGAGGAGUGUGUCAGCGCUCUCCAGCUUGUAGGAGAUUACGGCUGUGAGGCGGAGGAGGAGGAAGUCUUCUAGGUCCGUCCUGGUGACCUUUGACGUCUCUGUCCAGUUUUUGAAGGUCUGGAUCUGCCAGACUGAGGCAGCUCGACUUUGAUGGAUCAGGGUUAUAGAUCCAUGACAGAUAUCAGUGAUCAAUCAAACAAGGUGAAUUAUUGAUGAAAAGCAUCACUGCACUUUUGAUUUUGAUGCUUUUUAUUUUGAUUUUAAAUCAUUUGUUUACAUCAAGUUGAAUUAGUUUUAAAUUUGUACUUUGGUUGAUUGAUCACUGAUUGAUUGAUUUUAUAACACUCAUGUUCAUAAUGUAAAAAGCACAGUGGUAGUUUCAGUCAGAUGUUUGUGUAUUUUUAAUAUCCAUGUGUAUAAAGAUAAAAUGUUGAUGUAGGUAAAUUUUAAUCAGCUUUAAUUUUCUUUAGACUGAAUCAGCUGUUUUUAGUGUUCUGGUGUUUUAUUUUGACAGGUCAGUUAUAAAUGCAUAAUUGUGACCUUUAGUCUGUUGUUCCAGAUGAGAUGUAAAAACAUAAUGAUGACACUGAAACAACAACAACAACAACAACAUUCCCUCAGAGAAUAAACAAACUCUGAUUUUUA